AUGGCAAAUAAAAUACUAGAUCCAAUCUUUAGAUUAUAUGAUCCGAUUCGUUAUUCGUUUAACAAGAAAAAAGAGGAUUAUAUUAUCAUCUCACCGACUGUUGGUUCUAAAUCCCAAUUGAAUGAUGGUGGUAGAAUUACCUUCGAAAUAAAUUCAUUAUCGAAUUGGUUGCUUCUUUCAGAUGCUUAUUUCAGAUGCGAUUUCAAAAUUAAAGAUGGAACUCAGAAUCAAGUUCCUCAAACUAAUACAACGUUAGAAAACAAUUUCUUUCCAUCUUUAUUUAGCGAGAUGGUUUUGGAAGCUGGUUCAAAUCCGAUAGAAACAAUUAAAUAUCCUGGGGAAUUCGACACAAUGUUGAAAACAGUUUUAUAUCCUAAAGAUUUCGAUUCAGUUUCAGGUUGGAUACCUGAUGUUGGUGAUGGAAGUGUUUUAAAAGAACCGGUAAGAAAUGUUGCAAAUGAUGCUGAUUUAGAUAGAGUUGCUCGAAACACGAUAGAAAGAGUAGCACGAGCAGCUAAUCAUGGAUUUGAAAAACGAGUACUUCAGUACAAUAAUAUUGUUUAG